UGAACCCACCCUGGUUACAGUGGAAGUCCACCCACCACCACCACCACCUCCUCCUCCUUUCUACUCCUCACUGCAGCCUGCUCAGCUCCACACAAGCCUUCUCUCCAUCUCCCUGUCGGCCGCCGCCACACCACAUAACGAUUAUCAGUGUUUAGGAACAGCUGUAAAGAUCUGUGAUCAUGUCCUCAGUUCUGCAGAAGCUCAUCAGCCCUCUGGCCAGCACCCCCGCUGAGCCUCCCAGGAACAAGGUGACGGUAGUCGGCGUGGGCCAGGUGGGCAUGGCCUGCGCCAUCAGCAUCCUGCUGCGGGACCUGUGUGAUGAGCUGGCUCUCGUGGAUGUGAUGGAGGAUCGUCUGAAAGGAGAGAUGAUGGAUCUGCAGCACGGCAGCCUCUUCCUCAAGACCUCCAAGAUAGUCGCUGACAAAGACUACGCAGUGACAGCCAACUCCCGCCUGGUCGUGGUGACGGCCGGUGUUCGCCAGCAGGAGGGCGAGAGCCGCCUCAACCUGGUGCAGAGGAACGUCAACGUCUUCAAGUCCAUCAUCCCCCAGAUCGUCAAGUACAGCCCCAACUGCACGCUCAUCGUUGUCUCCAACCCCGUUGAUGUGCUGACCUACGUCACCUGGAAGCUGAGCGGUCUGCCCAAGCACCGUGUCAUCGGCAGCGGCACCAACCUGGACUCGGCCCGCUUCCGUUACCUGAUGGCCGAACGCCUCGGCAUCCACGCCACCUCUUUCAACGGCUGGGUGCUGGGCGAGCACGGAGACACCAGCGUGCCUGUAUGGAGCGGUGCAAACGUGGCUGGAGUUAACCUGCAGAAGCUGAACCCUGAGAUCGGCACUGAUGCUGAUAAAGAACAGUGGAAGGCCACACACAAAGCUGUGGUGGACAGUGCCUACGAGGUGAUCAAGCUGAAGGGCUACACCAACUGGGCCAUCGGCCUGAGCGUGGCAGACCUGACCGAGAGCAUCGUCAAGAACAUGAGCCGAGUGCACCCUGUCUCCACCAUGGUCAAGGACAUGUAUGGUAUCGGUGAGGAGGUCUUCCUGUCCCUGCCCUGCGUUCUGAACAGCACCGGCGUGAGCAGCGUGGUCAACAUGACCCUGACCGACGGUGAGGUGGCCCAGCUGAAGAAGAGUGCCGACACACUGUGGGGCAUCCAGAAAGACCUCAAGGACAUUUGAACACACAGAGUACACACCACCGAUGCAGAGGCCUGUCGACACGCACACGCUCCUUUUAUAACGUCCCUCUCUGUUAGACUGUCGCUCUUUAAAGGAUAACAUCAGUGUUUUUCAGGAAAAUUAUACGUUAUCAGUACUUCCCGUCAGUCACCCGACACCUCUAAAAACACUCCUUUAAAAUAGGCAUAUUUUCUCCCAGACAGCUAUUAGACUGAAGUUGCUGUGUUACUGUGUUAGUGUUAGGAGAUGUAGGCUGACCUCUGCAAUGUACUCUGUAUGGAUUCUUAUGUUUCAGCUGUUUAGACCAGGAUCAAACACAACCCUCGAAAAACCCAAAGUGUGACAGUCGUCCUCCACCACUUUGUGUACACAGUUGUUCACGUAGUUACCUUCAGGGAAUCACUGAGAGAAAGAGACUAAAAACCCAAAAAGGACACUGCCUUCUUCCUGCCUUCAACUAAAACUGGUAAACGUGGUACAGCAGACAGACAACUGCACACAUAGGUCAACACAGGUUAAAUUGUGACAUUGUGAGUGUGAAUGUAGUUUUUCUUCCCCUCUUGUUUCCUCGGUGUUAGCAAAGGGAGAUGGAGCUGCAGGGGAAAAGCUGUUCUGUUCAGCUCAACUUCUUUUUUUAAAAAUAUCAUUUUCUGACUGUCUGACCUUGUGCAACAUGUAACUUAAUAAACUGAAGCUAUGACAGGU